AAAUAUAAAAAGUAAUUUUUUAGAAUUAAUUUAAGACUUUGCCAACCACUCCGUUUUUCCCUUUGACAAAAAGAAGAUAGAGACAAACAAUGAAAGGGCAAAGAAGCCACCACUAAUGAUGACCCUAAUUUCUAUUUAUACAUUGCAAGCUUCAUCAGUUUCUCUCAUUCAAAAGCUUACAUAUAUCAAAUAAUUUAGGCUCAUUUGCAAAGGAAGAGAUGGAUCUAAGAAACAUUCAAGUGAGUCCUCGAGAGUAUUUACAAUUACGAAAGUUUAAAAUCAGUGAAGAAAUAAAAUGUUUGAAAGAUUUUGUACAUCAGUAUAACAGUAUCCCAGAAAUGAGAGAUGACAUCAUGGAUUAUCUUCAAUCUCUUCGACAGGAUCUACAGGAUAUUGAAUCUUCGAUGCAACAUGGAAAACAGCCUGUAUCUUUCAACGUCAAUGGAAUAUAUCAGUACCAUGGACAGGAGAUCACUCAACAAAAUGUCUAUUUUGGACCUACUCUAAAUCAAGAGAAUGAUGUGGUGAUGGGUCCAAAUGCACAAAGUUUAUCAUGUUCUAAACGAAAAAGGUGGUCAAAGGUUUGGGAGGACUUCACAAAGUAUAUAGGCCAAGAUGGAAAGGAAUGGGCUAAGUGUAAACAUUGUAAGAAAGAGUUUGUAGGAUCAAGUAAGAGUGGAACCACACAUCUCAAAAAUCAUUUACAAAGUUGCCUUGGUUUGAGAAAUCCAAGUGCAGUUGCAGAUAAAGUAAAAGAGAAAAGUAUGAUUGGUACAAAUUUGAAUGGCUCUGACUUUGUGCAAAGGAUUAUUAAGUAUGGGCUAAAUGGCAUCAAGGAUGAUAUUCUUGUUGUUUAUGAACAAGUGAAGUGCAAAUUUCAUGGAUAUAUAGAUAAGCUUCCUUCUCGUGUUAGCGUAACAUUUGAUAGGUGGUGCUGGAAUGGUUUUUGGUUCAUGAAUAUCUGGUUUGUUGAUGAUAGUUGGGAAUUGAGAAACAUGAUUAUAUUUGUGGCAAAUUGUGAAGAUGAGGAUGAAGAUGAUGGCUAUGAAAUUUUUAAGUCUUUGCUAGUGGAUUGGAACAUACACACAAAAAUGUUUUCUAUGUUUAUCUGUCAUGGAGAACCAUAUGAGGAAGUUACCCAGAAUUUGAACAACUGGUUCAACGAAGGAGGUUCACUUCCGUUUAUUGGGACAGAUUUUCCGAGUUAUGCUUUAUAUAAUAUAUUUUAUUGGGAAUUUUUCAAUGAUUUGAAAGAAAUUUCACCAAAUAAUAUUAUUGCUAAAGCGUCUAAGCUUAGGGACUACGUUUGCACACCAUCCAAUGGUCAAAAGUUUGGAUGUGCAGUACAUCAAGCUUUGUCCAUGGGCAAAAUAGUAACUUCCCAAAGUGUUCCUCCUCGUUGGGGUAAUAGCAUUAGAGUGUUUAAGUGGGUAAUGGGAUGUAAAGAAGCAUUUAAUGAACUGGAGCAUAUAGAUCCUGAUUUCAAGUUUAUCAAUUUUACAAAAGAGGAUUGGGAUGACGCAAAAUUACUCUAUAGUGGUUGGCAAGUGCUAGGUGAUUACAAAAAAGAAAUUCUUAAGUUGAGAGAUUCUGAAUAUAAAACUGAAACUGUGAAUUUCAAAUUCAUCCGUGACAUUUUUUUCAAAUUAGUUCAGUUGAGAAAAAGUGAUAAUUAUUACAUUUGCCACAUUGCAUCACUUAUCAAAAAACGUCUUGCAGAAUAUUGGAAGAAUUCUAGGUCGAUUUUAGAAGUCGGGGUCAUUUUGGAUCCACGAUGUAAAUUGAAGAUGGUAGAAAAUAUCUAUAAAAUGAUUUAUGAUAAUGAUUCUGAGAUACACCUUCAAAAAGCGAUUGAUGAUGUUACAAAUAUUUUCAAUGAAUAUGUAAAGGGCAUGUCAUCAUCCUCUUCAAGCCAUGACUAUAAUAUUACUUCAAAAUCAGAACUUGACUGCUAUUUGAGAGACGAGUUUCCUCAAGAUGAAAUGUUUGAUAUUCUACAAUGGUGGCGUGACAAAUCUCCAGUUUAUCCAACACUAGCUAAGAUGGCACGUGAUUUCUUAUCGAUGCCCAGUGAACUUCCUUAUGUACCUCCUUACUUCAAGGAUGGAAUUCAAGAUAUCUAUGCUUGUAAUGAUCUUGAUGAUGACUUCGUAUUAAAAUUGGCAUAUACAAAAUAUUGGUUGAACUUUUUUGAAAGUAAUUAAUUAAGUUGUUGAA